UUGGAUUAAGGAUCUGGGAGGAGUUUGCGCUACUCCGUAUUCAUAAGUAGGGAGGCUGCUUCGGGGAAUCGCACUUUCGUGAUAUAAAGUCCUGGGCUUUCUUUAAGACGAAAUAUUGAAGACAGUAACCAUUGCAGACCCAUUGCCGCUAGUCGCCUUGCUUUGACGUUUCGUAUGAAAAGAGAAAGUUUCGAACGAUGAUGGAGUUUAUGACCGAGAAGUUCUCGAUGAAGAGCCAAGUGAUAAAAGGUAGCGAUUAUUACAUGGGAUCGGGCGGCUCGCUGGAUCAAGUUAUGGAGAACCUGGACAGUGUGCAGUAUUAUAGCAAGACUUCGCCCAAGUGCGUCCAGGCCUUCAGCAUCCAGAACGGGGAUCCCCACGCGAGACUGGAGAGGGCAUCUCCCUGUGAAGACCAAAAUGCUUCUUACGUUGCUCCGAAAUCUGAGGAGGAUCCUCUGCACACGAGUUUCGGCGAGUCCAUGGAGUCUUGCUGCGCCGUGAGGGGGUCGCCGGUGAGCGCGGGUCAAGAGAAGCCCGAGCUGGACGACCUGGGGGAAAAGUGCGACAGUAACGUGUCCAGCAGCAAGAAGAGGCGCCACAGAACCACCUUCACAAGCGCGCAGCUGGAAGAGCUGGAGAAGGUCUUCCAGAAGACCCACUAUCCGGAUGUAUACGUGAGAGAACAGCUGGCGAUGCGGACGGAGCUCACAGAGGCCAGAGUCCAGGUGUGGUUUCAGAACAGAAGAGCAAAAUGGCGCAAAAGAGAGCGAUACGGACAGAUCCAGCAGGCCAAGAACCACUUCGCGGCCACCUACGACUUAUCCGUGUUACCGCGGGCGGAGAGCUACCCCCAGAUCUCCAAUAACCUGUGGACGGGCCCCGGGGCCGGUGGUUCGGUGGUGUCCUCCUGCAUGAUCGCUCGCGGCUCGCCCCCCUGCGUGCCCCCCUACCCCCACUCUCCUCGCGGGGACCACGGGUACAUGGCGUUCCCCAACCAGCAGAAUCAGUUUGGCCACAUGUCCCUGAACAACUUCUUUAGCGAUUCGCUGCUAAGCCCGCCGGCCAACGGACACACCUUCGAGGCGAAGCCCGAGUUCGAGAGGAGGACCUCCAGCAUCGCCGUGCUCAGAAUGAAGGCCAAGGAGCACGCAGCCAACAUCUCCUGGGCCAUGUGAAUGGGUGCGAUGCCUGGUUAAGGACAGAAUACGGCACCAAGGGAAAACAGACUUUAUUUUUAUACAUGUAACCAUUGCAUGUCUAGAUCUAGUAGCACACAGCCCAUUCUCUGCUAAGGUUUGGGCAAACCUGAGUACUAAAGUUUAAAGAGGAUCCCAAAGAAGGAUAUUUUAUUUUAUAUGUGUGUGUAUAUGUGUGUAAUAUAUGUACACAUUACAUGUACACUGCUUAGAUACAUACUGAACACUGCACUCAAUUCUUUAGAAAUUUUUGUUCAGAUAAUUAUUGGGCUAAAAGAAACCAAAGUGUAACCUGAAGUAUGACGUAGCUUCUUGCUGUAAUUACUGUACAGUUCACUCUAAUUACCCUACAAUCCAUUGUAAUUACCAUACAGUUGACUGUAUUAUUUUUAUUACAUACAGUUAACUGUAGCUAUCUGCAUACAGUUACCGUACUUAAUUACUGUAUGGUUUAUUGUAAUUACUGUACAACUCACCGCAAAUAAUCACCGCACAAUUCAGUGUAAUUAUCAUACAGUUCCCCGUAAUUAAUUACCGAACAGUUACUGUAAUUACAGUUUACUGCAACUUCGGGUUACCAUUUUUUGUAAUAUAAUUAUGUUUCAAUUUUAAAAGAUUAAAUAAAAUUCAUUACGUUAGUUUUGUUUCUUUUUGUGUAUCUUUUGCAUAGUAAAAAUGUUUUUUGCUAUUGUUUGAAAAAUGUUUCUGUUCCAGAUCUUAUGGCCUAUUUUGUUCAGUUUUGUCUACAUUUCAGUGAUAUAAAAGUAUCGUUUGUGAAAUGCUCAGUA